CGCGAUGAUACUGAUGAGGACAUUUGCAGUUACACCUCAUCUCCACCAGGGGGAGCGCCAUUCCCGCGGAGCCCGAAGUGACAGCUAAGCUCCUCAACAUCCCGACUGGAGGCUUCAGCUCAUCCGAGCGGACCUGGCCAGGCUGCCUGGGUCUUCGCGGACCACCUGCAGCCCUUUUCCCGUCGCAGUUCUGACCCGGCGGUGACGGACGAGCGUUCGUCCGCAGAUGUGCGCGUCCUCCGCCGUGAGGGCAUAGGCACGGGAGCAUGUCUGCGCCCGGGUACACCAACCGGAGCAGCUCCGCCAGCUUCGGCCAGAACUCUUCGGCGAACGGCGGAGCGGCGCCCCCCUUCCAGAACGGUCCGGUGCAGACCUACCCAUCCAUGUAUCCGCCUGCGGGCUACUACGGAGCCCCGCCCCAGCAGCAGAGCUACUCCGCCGCCUCUGCCCCCAGCAAAGCCCCGGUCCCCAGCAGCUACUACCAGAACCAUCAGCAGCAUGUAGCUCCACAGCCUCCUGCUUCAUCAGCUCCUCCACCACCCUCAAACGCCCAGUACAACCAUCAGCCAUUCCAGCAGCCUCCUUACAUCCCUCCAGGAUCUUACUAUGGACAGCAGUUGUGUCAAACUUCUCCAGCCCAGCAGCAGCAGCAUCCCACCUUAGUGCCAGCUCCUGCCGCUGGACCUGGCACCCCUCUCCACCCCAUCGUUUCCUACCCAUCCGCUCACGGAUGCAGCCAGUACGGCACGCUCAGUUCUCUUCAGAACGCCUCCACGCCAGGGGUCACCCAGAUUUCUGCGCCCUUACACCACUACAACACCGGACCUCCACCCUCCACGACGGCGGUGCAGCCGGGGUACUCCGUGGGUUCUGCCGGUCAAACGGCACCAACAGUUAAUGGUCAAGGUGGUGCAGUUCAAAACAACGCACACCAACACUACAACCAAAUCCACCCGGCCUCACACGCCUACAACUCGUACAGCAGAGGUGGUGCUGAAGCAGAACGACCGCCGUCAGGAACCCCCUCCACCUCUGUCCACUCCUCCCCACACCAUCACCAAGGCAUGCAGUACGGAUAUGUUGCUAAUAGUGGAGCUAGCUCAGCUUCUGCCACCACCUCAGGCCCAGCCGCAGCCCCCUCUUCAUCCAGCUCUGAUGAAGAUGAUGAUGAGGAGGAGGAUGAGGAAGCAGGCGGGGAGACCUCCUCCUCCACCACCGGCAGCGCCUCUCCCGCCCCGAACAGCUACGACUCCCUUGAAGGCGGCAGUUUUCCUGAUCCCGGCCUUUCUGGUGACGUGAACAACCAGCCUCAGCCCUACAACAGCUACAGCUACCACAGCAUGCAGUCGGCCUACCGGUCAGGACCAGAACCUCCCCCUUCACACGACCCGUACAACCAGCCGGCGUACCCGCCGUACGCUCAGCCUUUUCCCAACCUGUCUCAGCUGUCGGCAGCCCUGGGGGGGCUGAGCGGGGUUCCAGAGCUGGAGGUGGAGGCCCUGAGGCCCGUCAACCUGCUGCAGGAGAGGAACCUGCUGCCCCCGCGGCCGCUGGAGGCCCCCGAGCCCAACCUGAGCCCCGACCUGAAGAAGGUCAACUGCAGUCCGCAAACCUUCAGGUGCACCCUGACCAGCAUUCCACAAACACAGGCUCUCCUCAACAAGGCCCGGCUCCCUCUGGGCCUGCUCCUCCACCCCUUCAGAGAUCUGCAGCAGUUGCCGGUGAUCACGUCUAACACCAUCGUGCGGUGUCGCUCCUGCCGCACGUACAUCAACCCCUUCGUCACCUUCCUGGACCAGCACAGGUGGAAGUGCAACCUCUGUUACCGGGUCAACGACGUUCCCGACGAGUUCAUGUACAACCCGGUGUCGAGGUCUUACGGCGAGCCGCACAUGAGACCAGAAGUCCAGAACUCCACGGUGGAGUUCAUCGCCUCCUCUGAUUACAUGCUGCGGCCUCCUCAGCCCGCCGUCUACCUGUUUGUCCUGGACGUGUCCCACAACGCUGUGGAGGCGGGUUACCUGAAGGUCUUCUGCGACUCGCUCCUGGAGAAUCUGGACAAGAUGCCCGGGGACUCCCGCACCAGAGUGGGCUUCCUGACCUUUGACAGCACCAUCCACUUCUACAACCUGCAGGAGGGGCUGUCCCAGCCGCAGAUGCUGGUGGUGUCGGACAUCGACGACGUCUUCAUCCCGUCUCAUGACAGCUUGAUGGUGAACCUGAAGGAGAGCAGAGAGCUGGUGAAGGACCUGCUCACGUCGCUCCCCACCCUCUUCAGCCAGAGCAGAGAGACCCACAGCGCCCUGGGCCCCGCCCUGCAGGCCGCCUUCAAGCUCAUGUCGCCCACCGGCGGCCGCGUCUCCGUGUUCCAGACUCAACUGCCGUCGCUGGGCCCCGGGAAGCUGCAGUCCAGAGAAGACCCCAACCAGCGCUCCAGCACCAAAGGGGUGCAGCACCUCGGCCCCGCCACAGACUUCUACAAGAAACUGGCUCUGGACUGCUCGGGACAGCAGAUCGGAGUGGAUCUGUUCCUGCUCAGCUCGCAGUACGCCGACCUCGCCUCGCUCGCUUGUAUCUCCAAGUAUUCAGCGGGCAGCAUCUUCUACUACCCCUCCUUCCAUCACGUCCACAACCCGGCUCAGCUGCAGAAGCUGCAGAAGGACCUGGAGCGCUACCUCACCAGGAAGAUCGGCUUCGAGGCCGUCAUGAGGAUCCGAUGCACUAAAGGUCUCUCCAUCCACACGUUUCACGGAAACUUCUUCGUGCGCUCCACCGACCUGCUGUCUUUGGCCAACGUGAACCCCGACUCCGCCUUCGCCGUCCAGGUGUCCAUUGAAGACUCUCUGGCCGACUCGUCUCUGGCGUGUUUCCAGGCGGCGCUGCUCUACACGUCCAGCAAAGGGAAGAGGAGGAUCAGAGUUCACACUCUGUGUCUGCCGGUGGUCAGUCAGCUGAGCGACGUUUACGCCGGAGCUGAUGUCCAGGCCAUCACCUGUCUGCUCGCCAACAUGGCCAUCGACAGAUCGGUGUCGUCCAGCCUGUCAGACGCCCGGGACGCGCUGGUGAACGCCGUGGUGGACUUUGUGAGCUCCUACAAGAGCAACGUGUCCAACCUGCAGCAGUCGGGUCUGGUCGUUCCCAGCAUCAUGCGCCUCUUCCCGCUCUACAUCCUGGCUCUCCUGAAAGAGAAAGCUCUGCGGACCGGAACCAGCACGCGGCUGGACGAGCGCGUCUUCGCCAUGUGCGAGUUCAAGUCCCAGCCGCUGCAGCAGCUGAUGCGGAUGGUCCAUCCCGACCUGUACCGGCUGGACAGCGUCUCCGACCAGGGGGCGCUCCAUCUGAACGACACCAUAGUUCCUCAGCCUCACCUGAUCCACCUGACAGCAGAGAACUUCAGCAGAGACGGAGCGUUCCUCAUGGACUGUGGAAACGUGUUUUACCUGUGGGUCGGUAAAUGCUGCAGUGAAACGUUCAUCCGAGACGUUCUGGGAUGCCCCAACUACGCCUCCAUCCCCCCCAACAUGAGUCACGUUCCCCAGCUGCAGACUCCCCUGUCUGAGAGGGUUCGAGCCUUCCUGGACUGGCUGCAGGACAACCGGGCGUUCAGCUCCACCGUUCACGUCAUCAAGGACGACGCUGCGGCCAAGGCCACCCUGUUCCAGCACCUGGUUGAGGACCGCUCCGAGUCCGCCUCGUCUUACCAGGAUUUCCUGCAGCACAUCCAGCAGCAAGUGUCCAAGUAGGCGGCGGUCAGACUCCAGUUAGGGCUCCACGAUCCUGAGGGAGAGAGGAAGCUAGAGUUAGUCCUUCGUCCCUCCAGGUGGGUUUCUCUCCUUUCUUCUGAAGAUCCCCGACGUGGAUCAGCGGUUAAGAACGGAUGUUUGGAGGAUCCGGCUUUUCUUGUGAAGAAGCGCUGCAGCAGCUGGCGGCUGCCUCUCAACCACUGUCGAACCCGUUCAAACCCCCUUCUUUUCCAUCCCGGAGAAGUCGAGCCAAGAAAAGCCACUUUCAGACGUUUGUUUUUGUAAGCCUGACAUGUAGCUCGUGCAGUUUCCUUCUUCAGUUUUGCCCUCUUUUUCCACUUGCUCUCUUCAAACACUGGAGGACAGCAGCAGGAACUCGGCAUGAACUCCACAAACGCGUCUCCCUGCUGUCCGCCGACUCUAAUCAUGACUCCGCCUCGCUUUGGCUCCGCCUCUUCUCAGAGCCAACUCUGGAUUUGUCAAUCUCAAGAUGCCACAAACUUCCAUCCGUGACCAUUUUUGUUUUUUUGUUUUUUUUUCAGGCGCUAGAGGUCGCAUUUCUCUUUGUAACUACUGAACAGAAUCUUUUAUGUGCGAUAAUUUAUGAAUUAGCUUAUUAAAUAAAUACAAAACCAGAA